AUGAAGGGCUGGCUCCGUUCACUCGGCCUUACGGCCUUGCUUGCAGGCUCCGUGCUUGCCAACGAUGUGGAAAUCAAAUCCGACGAAGCGCACCGCCAACGAUGUUCAGGGAUGUACAGCCGCAAGGCCUGGGGAGGAAACGUCGACCCCUUUAUCCUAGUGAAAUUCUCCAAGGCUGGAACUCCAGAAGGCGAUCCUCUUGCCAGUUUGGUGAUCUUUGAAUGGAAUGACGAAGAGUUGAUUGGUGAAUAUCGGUCCGACGACGCUGAGUUGAAGGAAACUAUCUGCGACCAGGCGAACGUAGAUGCAAAGCUUUGCACCGAAGACCAAAUUGGCUCCUUCCUCCUUACUAAGAAUGCCAGUGAUGCCUCCGCCAAUCCCAUAAUUUCCAAGGCAAUUCACCUGAACGACCCGGACGCUAUCAAAUACCCCGUGCACAAGACUGGAUUCUACUGUGUGAGCACCUACGCAUACUCUGGGGAGGACUAUACCGCCGUUGUUACUUUUCGCAACUCAUAUGGAGAGCUGCCAGCGGCACAGAUCGCCAAGUUGCCCUUCUAUGGCGCUUUGACCAUCGUGUACGCUGUCGUCGGAGUGUUCUGGGCUUUUCUCUAUGUCCAAAAUCGGUCUGACAUCUUGCCCGUGCAAAACUAUAUCACUGCGAUCCUGGUGUUCCUGAUUGUCGAGCAGUUGAUGACUUGGGGAUUCUAUGAUUACCAAAACCGACAUGGCUUGAAUGCCAUGGCAAAGGCAUUGAUGAUCAUAGUUGCUAUUCUAAAUGCUGGCCGAAAUGCUUUCUCAUUCUUCCUGCUUUUGAUAGUCUGCAUGGGUUAUGGCGUGGUAAAGCCAUCGCUGGGCCGAACUAUGAUCUACGUUCGUAUCCUUGCUAUUGCGCACUUCAUCUUUGCCAUGGUCUACUCUAUUGCCAGCCUGUCUAUUACACCGGAUAGCGCGGGUCCUCUGGUGCUGCUUAUUGUCCUUCCUCUCGCUGGAACCUUGACGGCCUUCUAUGUCUGGACCUUGAACUCUCUCAAUGCCACUAUGAAAGAUCUUAUCGACCGAAAGCAAAAGACCAAGGCGUUGAUGUACAAGAAGCUGUGGUGGUGUAUCCUCGGGAGUAUCAUCGUAAUCUUCGGCUUCUUUUUCAUCAACUCUUUCGCCUUUGCUGGCCGCAGCGAUGCUAGCUUUGUGCCUGAGCACUGGAAGGCACGGUGGUUCGUGCUGGAUGGCUGGCUUAACCUGGUUUACUUGUUCGAUAUCGCAUUUGUCGCGUAUCUGUGGCGUCCGACUGCCAAUAACCGACGCUUCGCUAUGAGUGAUGAGCUUGCCCAAGAUGAUGAUGGCUUCGAAAUUCGUUCAUUCGGUAGUGGCCUCGAUGAAGAGGAUCCCCUGGAAGCGCCUCCCGAGUACCCCGGUAGCUCGGCCGCCGAUGGCCGUCGCGAUCUUUCCCCCGUCCCCCCCAAGCCAGUAUCACAGGCCCAGCGUUCCUCCUUGGAGGAGGAAACGAUCUUCGCUGUUGGUGAAGAUGGUGACAAAUGGUCAGACGACGAUGAAUCACCACGCAACUCCGACGAGCGGCAAAGACUCACUCACUAG